CAAAUCUUGCCGAAUUGAUUCUGUUCCAAAUUUAUGUACAGAAUUAGAGCAUUCUAUGAUGCUGAGAUCAAGCGCUGUCCCUUCAUAUGCCCCUCUCAAGCAAAACUGAGGAACACAAGAUGCUUUCAAUAUCGGAUGUCGCCAAGCACAACUCAAAAGAAUCCUGCUGGAUCAUUAUCGCGGGUCGUGUUUACGAUGUCACUGAUUUUGUAGAUGCUCAUCCUGGGGGACCCGGAGUUAUUUUACGAUACGCGGGUAAGGAUGCUACUCUGGAAUAUGAGCCCAUCCAUCCUGCAGGGACCAUAGAAAAGAAUAUUCCCAAAGACAGGCAUCUUGGACCCGUAGCUAUUGAACGCUCGUUCAUCGAAAGUCUCAAGCAGAGGCCAGAAACCUCUCCAUCGCUGCCUGAAGUUUUGCCUCUGUCCGCUUGCAAAUCGCUUUUGGACUUGCGUAUCGUAGCUGAGAAAAAAUUGACACCCAAAGCAAGGGUUUACUUCCAAAGUGCAGUGGAAACAUUCAGCGCCCUGCGUGCCAACGACAAACAAUGGAAAAAUGUUUCAUUUCGCCCGAGGGUACUUCGGAACGUAUCCAAGGUAUCAAUGAAAUGCGAGAUCAUGGGUGUGGACAGUAGUCUACCAAUAUUCAUCGCUCCUGCAGCCAUGGCAGGGCUGGGUCAUCCGGACGGAGAGAGGUGUCUGGCACGAGGAGCGACACGGAUGGCGAUUCCCCAAUGCGUGGCUACUUACGCAUCGGUUGCUCACGAGGAUAUAGUAUCAUCUUGGACGACCGAUCCUGGGAGACGAGGAAGUGCCCCUGUGUUCCAGCUCUAUGUUCCUAGACAGAAGAAAGAUGCCAGAGAUCUCAUCCUGAAGGCAAAAUCUCUUGGCUUCAAGGCAUUGGUUGUGACGGUGGACAGUCCAGUCAUCGGGAAGAGAGAUGAUGACGAUCAGUUCAAAGCACUACAGGAUCUCGAAGCAGGUGUGCAAUCGCCCUCCAAUAUACUUGCUCCGCUACCAGGCCAAGAGGCCGACACUUUACGUGGUCUGCACUGCUCCGAUUUCGAAUGGAGUGACUUGAUUUGGGUUCGAGAAAUUUGGGGCGACAAGCCAAUCAUAUUGAAGGGCAUUCAAACGGCGGAAGAUGCUCUGUACGCGACGCAAUACGAUAUCAAUGGAAUAUAUCUGAGCAAUCACGGAGGCAGACAGCUCGACUAUGCUCCCGGCUCUCUCGAGACCCUCCUUGAGAUCAAAAAAUAUUGCCCAGAAGUUGUCAAAAAAGUUGAAGUAUAUCUGGACGGAGGCGUUUGGAGAGGAUCAGAUGUUGUGAAAGCACUUUGCCUCGGGGCACGCGCAGUGGGGCUCGGCCGUGGAUUCAUGUUUGCACUGAGCGCGUACGGGACCGAGGGUGUUAUCAAGGCGAUACAGAUCCUGAGCGACGAGAUUCAGACCACGAUGCGUCUGCUUGGCGUUACGGACAUUUCUGAACUCAAUGAGAGUUACGUGAACACCGUGAGAUUAGAACGUAAACUGUUUUCGGCAAGAAUAUGA